GACGACGAUUUUCUGGAUUAUUUCCCCACAUGGAAUUAUUUUUUGGAAAAACAACUUGAUAUUCUUUUUCUGUGGAUUAUUACGGAUUUAUUGAGUACAACUUUUCAUGGAUUGAACGCGUUUUGGACCGACAGAACCGGCUCAAAGGUAAGAAACGCGUAUCUUAUUCUUUGUUUAUGAUGUGAAUUUUUAAAUUCACAUAAAUUCGGGCUCGUUGUACGGCAUAAAAUGAAUGAUAUGGUUGUUUUAUUGACAAAUUAAGCUUUCAAACGAUGUAUGGCAUGCCAGUAGUGAAAACAAUAAUGAAGGUGAAUAUACAGAGUGAACAUUUUUUAUUGGAAAAUCGCCCGCCGGCGGGCGGGUGGAUGGAGGAGGCUAUAUAAAGAGCUGUGCUUCAACUCUCACUCAGACAGACGCUGACUGAUCUGACGAAAAGGAAGAACCUCUCAUAUCAAGAACCUAACAUAUCCUGUCCUUCCAAAAUCCUGGACACAGCAAACAGAAGGGACAAUAUGGUGAACAGAUUCUCAAAAUAUAUGAAAGAAAGCAUCAAAUUAUCUGAUGGUCCUCCUGCUUAUUACAAGCUGAAACUAGAGAGAAUAGACCUGGACAGGCAGUCAGAUGAAGAAUCAAAACUGAGGAAAUUCACUCUUGGAAAACGUGAUCCUAAAUUCCCAAACAAAUCCGUCCUCCUGGUGGGAGCGACAGGGACAGGAAAAUCCUCUCUGAUCAACACCCUGGUCAACUAUGUGAUGGGCGUCAAGUUUGAAGACAAAGUUUGGUUUGAAAUCAUCACCGGUGACAAAGGCAAAUCUCAGUCUGAGACUCAGACCUCAGAAGUGUCUGUUUAUGAAAUCUUUGGAUUUGAGAGGGAAGCUGUCCCUUAUUCUCUGACCAUCAUCGACACUCCGGGGUAUGGAGACACCAGAGGAGUAGAAUAUGAUGAAAUUACCACAAUGAAACUCUUGGAACUCUUCAGUGCUCCUGAUGAAGUGGAUGGAGUAAAAACAUUAGAUGCAGUGGGUUUGGUGGUGAAGGCCUCAGAGAACAGACUUGAUGACAGAAUGGGAUACGUCUUCAACUCAAUCACUUCAAUCUUUGGUAAAGACAUGAAGGAAAAUAUUGUGGCAAUGAUAACACACUCAGAUGGAAUGGAACCAAAAAAUGCCCUAAAAGCACUGAAAGACGCUAAUAUAAAAUAUGCUACAGAUGAAAACGAUGAGCCAGUCUAUUUCCUGUUUAACAACCGACAAAAUGAGAAGAUUGGAAAAGGGAAACAUGCAGAAAAGACAGCAAAAUAUGUUUUUGAACUAACUGAAGAGGGCAUCUCAGAAUUUACACAAUUUCUGGGAGAAAAACAACCUCAGUCACUGGAGAAAACAGCAGAGGUAUUGAAUGAAAGGAAAAGAUUGGUGGCCUGCAUCGAAAACUUUAAAGAAUGUGUCGAAGAUAUGGAAAAGAAAGAAGAAGCAAUAAAAAAGAACAGUGAAGAAUUGAAGACCUACAAAGAUAAAGAACAGAGAGGAUGGUGGUUCCUGUGGUUUAGAAAUACUAUCACUUGUAACAACUGCCAACACAAUUGUCAUAAUUACUGUUAUUGGGGUCUGCAGUCCUGUGCCAUCAUGGUAGAAGGCAAAUGUACUGUCUCCUCUGGAAAAUGUCCUGUGGAGAGUCAUGUACAUGAGAAGUGGAGAUAUGUGACCAAGACCAGAGAAGUGAAAGACAACAUUAAGUUUGGUGAAAAAGAAGCCCUGUUGAAGAGUCUGCAGGAGGAAAUGCAAAAACUUAAACAAUCCAAAAAUCAGUGUUUGGAUGAUGUGUUUGAGGUCAUAGAGAAGCUGGAGAAAAUUGCUCUAAACGUGCACUCAGUGUCCACCUAUAUCCCCCUGCGUUUUCUGAUUGAGAAGAUGAAGGAGCAGGGAGAUGAAGAGAAAGUUCAAAAACUGGAGAGAAUGAAAUUUAAAAUCGAGGAUGUAAGCAAGGGUGGAGCUGAGUACUUAUGGUCUAAAUAUGAAAAAAAAUGGCAGGACCCUAGUAAAGAAAAAAAUGAAUGUUUACAUGAAUUGGAUUCAAACCAUUUUAGCUGUGCUAUUCUGUAAUAAAUAAAUAAAAACAAAAAAUAUUCACUACAUUUGAUGAUGAUUUGAAAACCUUGUAACAUGAUGGUCCCAAAGACUCACUUUAAA